GGUUGUUGCGGGAGCCGAACAUUGCUGAUGGAUGAGCUAGUACAUGAUUUGGCCUCGGCUCUUGAGCAGACCUCAGAACAGAACAAGCUGGAUGAAUUAUGGGAAGAAAUGACUCUGAGCCCAAGGCAGCAGCGUCGGCAGCUUCGUAAGAGACGGGGACGCAAGCGGCGUUCAGACCUUACACACCAAGUGGAACAUGCUUGCUGCUAUAGUGGGGCCUCAGAAUCCAGCCUAGAAGAGGUUGUGGAAGACUGCCGGGAAGUGCUAACUGCUUACUUUAGUGACUCUGAUGACAUGGCAGUAGCCAAACAUCCAACUCUCAGCACAGCUCUCAAGAAUAAGCAACACUCGUGGCACGAAUCAGACUCUUUCACUGAGAAUGCGCCUUGUCGACCCUUGAGGCGCCGUCGAAAAGUUAAGCGUGUGACAUCAGAAGUGGCAGCUAGCCUUCAGCAGAAACUCCGAGUAUCGGAAUGGACUUAUGAGAAGGGUUGCAGAUUCAAAUCGGCUAAAAAGCAGCGCCUUUCCCGUUGGAAGGAGAAUGCUCCCUGGACAUCAACUGGCCGGGGACUCUGUGAGUCAGCAGAGACAAGAGCCUUCCUCAGCAAAGGGGGAAGGAAUGAAAGGAUGGAGUGUGAAGCAGAUGAACAGAAACAGGGUUCUGAUGAAAACAUGUCAGAAUGUGAAACCAGCAGUGUGUGCAGUAGCAGCGACACUGGCCUUUUCACCAAUGAUGAAGGUCGCCAAGGUGACGAUGAACAGAGUGAUUGGUUCUAUGAGGGCGAAUGUGUCUCAGGAUUCACAGUCCCCAACCUUUUGCCCAAGUGGGGACCUGACCGCCAGUCUGAUAUGGAACGAAUGGACUCAAGCCUUGAAAAAAUCUCAGAGCCAACAUUCCUUCUGCCCUCUCGGCCUGUUACAAGAGGAUUUCACCCACGUUUGAACCGUCUUCCCAGUGUUGCUACACGCUGUCUUAGGAAGGGCCGUAGAAGGCUGGUUAGCAAGGAGACCAUCAUGAAUGCAAUGGGUACUGAGAGGAUUAGCCACAUCAUUGGUGAUUCCUGCCAAAAAGAAAAGAACCAAGUGCUGGCUUCCAAUUUCUUCCACAUUGCAGCCUGGGUCCAAGAGUUCAGUCCAUUAUCUCCACUGUAUUCCUUGGAUGUUCUUGCUGAUGCUUCACACCGAAGAUGCUCACCAGCACGCUGCUCAGCCAGGCAGACUAAUAUACAUCUGGGACCACCGUGCUCAAGGGACAUCAAGAGAAAACGCAAACCGGUGAUGGCAACAGCUUCACUUUCCAGCCCCACCUCAGAGAUGAGUGAUGAAGAGAAGCUUGUUCCGCUUUGCUGCUGUAUUAAUACACAUCAGGGUCCAGCUCCCGGCACUAAAUCAUGCUACUGCAUACAUCUGUUAUCAGACUCCUCACCAAUGUGA